AUGGAAUCCCUGACCGCCGAUGUAGUGGUCAUAGGAGCUGGUUUAUCUGGUUUGUCGGCAGCAUAUUACAUUCAUAAAACAGAUGAAAGUUUACGAAUUACUGUUCUAGAAGCGAAAGGUCGUGUUGGUGGACGGACAUACAGUAUAAAGAUGAAAGCUGCUGAUAAUAAAUAUGAUUUAUUUGAUCUCGGAGGAGAAUGGGUUGGAAAACCUCAACCACAUCUUCAUUAUUUGCUUAACCAGUUCAACCUGGAAACUUUUAAUCCACAAUAUCUUCCUGACUCAAAAAAACUGACAACAGACAUUACAUUCCUUACCAAGUUAGACCUGCUGCUUUUUUCCAUGAAGUUAAAAUGGUUGAAGAAUAGAUUUGAAAAAGAAGAAGAACUUGGCAGCACAGUGGAUGCCCUUCAAAGUGAUGGUAUGACAUUUGAAAAGUAUAUGAAAGCACAUUUAUGGACAAAAAAGACUUACCUUUUAGUAGAAGCUGCUGUUCGGAGUAUGUUUGGCUAUUCCCCACAUGAAAUGUCCCUGCUCUAUUUCAUCAUGUACAUAGAUGCUGCAGGUGGUUUGGACACCUUCUUCCAGCCCUCCAAGUACAGUGGAAAGGAAUCACGCUUAAAGGGAGGUCUCCUUCAACUGUCCCAAAAUUUAUAUGAAGUCAUUGGAAACAAAAAUGUCCGGUUCAAUCAGCCAGUCACGCAUAUCAUUCAGUUGUCCAAAGAGAAAGUAGUGGUAGUUACAGAUCGACGUCUUCAGGUGACUUGUAACCGUGUAAUCCUUGCUAUUCCACCUCAUCUUGCAGGUGCAAUUAAAUUCAAUCCUGAAUUACCAUCGACAAAAAUGACAUUGUUGAGAAACGUCCCAUUGGCUUUUAUUAUCAAAUUCUGCUUUACAUAUGAAGAGUCAUUUUGGAUAACUGGAAAAAACCCAACUUCUAACUAUGGUUUCCAGAGCAUGAUCCAUGACCCAGAAUGUGGUCCGAUUGGUGUGGUAUAUGAAGCAACGUCUGCUAAAGGAAGCCCAGCUCUUAUAGGUUUUGUGUCAGCGAGCCGUGGAUUAGUGAGCAAAGAAACUGAUUCCGAGGAUCGUAGAGAUGUUCUGCUAAACUUGCUGCAAAUCCACUUAGGUGAAAAGGUGCGUGAAUACAUUGAGUUUCAACAAAAAGAUUGGUCUCAGGAAAGCUACAAUGGUGGAUGCUUUCUCAAAUCUCUUGUGCCAGGGUCGACUCGCUUCUUCAGCCAAGAUUUACGUGAACCCUUUGAUAGAGUUCAUUUUGCUGGAACAGAAACUGCAACUGUUUGGUGUGGAUUCAUGAAUGGAGCCAUUCAAUCAGGAUUUCGAACUGCCAUUGAAGUGCUUCAAAACCUUCGGCCAUCAAUAGACGCCAGAGCUAUUGAAGCUAGCAUCAUGCCAAAAGAAGAAGAACUUCCUUCGAAACCCCAAUCCACAUACCGGUCAAUACAUUGGUUGGCUGCAUUAGCUGGCAUAGGUUGUCUAACAGUGAUUGCUAUAGCUGCCUAUAGGGACCAUGCAACAUCAGCUCAUACAAAAUUGGUCUACAUUAGCAAUGAUUACUGA